ACACUCAACGGUCGUGGAGGGUCACUAUGCCGUUCAAUUUCUCCGGGACUCUUGUACCAUUACAUCUUCUCGUAAACCCUCGCCUGGUGGUACCCUCUAUUAUCAUCAAAGAUAUCCGCCAGCUUGAGUUUAGGGAGUUGCGGAAAGCCGGAUACAAGGGUGCAGUGUUUGAUAAAGAUAACUGUUUGACACUUCCACAUCGAGAUCAGCUCGUGCCAGAACUGCAGGAUGCAUGGGAGGAAUGUCGAGUUACCUUUGGAGAAGGUAACGUCUUGAUUGUGAGCAACACUGCUGGUACGAGAUUGGACCCAGGCGAGAUACAGGCCGAAUCGGUAACCCAUCAUCUCAGAGUGCCCGUUCUCCGACAUAAGAAUCUCAAGCCUUCAUAUGCUUGCAUUUCAUCAAUACGCAACUACUUCUCGUCCCUACCUACCCCCGUCAAGGAUGACGAGCUCGUCAUCAUCGGGGAUCGUAUAUUUACGGAUGUUGUCCUAGCAAACCGCAUGUCUCGAAAAAUGAAGGCACAGUCCGGUGCUAAAGACACUGAAAAAACUGCUGAAGAGAAUGUGACCAAGUCCUCAAGGGCGGGUCCAUUGUCCAUAUGGACGAGCGGGGUAUGGGAACGAGAGGCGACGGGAUUAAGACUCUUGGAGAAGACUGUAAUGGAAUGUGUUAAACGGUGGAUAGCACAGAGCAAUGGCGUUGCCACACGUGGGGAUCUGUCGCGGUUCGUUAAGGAAUUACCGCCGCCUCCGGUUGUGGAGAAAAAAGGUCUCCUCGGCAGAUGGCAGAGAAUCAGCGAGUUCUGGACUACAAUACGGAGAGAUUGAAACAUUAAUACAUCUAGUUACUUUCUACUGUCUUGGGUAGGAGUAAUUGGAUGAUUUUCUCCAUUUCCAUUGACAUACAUCUUAGCGUGAGCUUCCAGCAAUCUAUCAACAGUUCUGG